CAGGAUUCGUCUAUAAAAGAAACCACAUUCCUCGAGUUUGGACACAACUUUCAGCAGCAAACAAGCGAGUUCACUAACCUCUCGCAUCAAACCUUAAAUAGCAAAAGAUGACUGUUAUGGAGGUUCAAGUUAUGUCUAAGAAGAUGGUGAAGCCAUCAGUUCCCACUCCUGAUCACCUCAAGACAUGCAAACUGACCUCCUUUGAUCAGAUCGCUCCUCCUGAUCAAGUCCCCAUCAUCUACUUCUACAACAACAGCCAUCUCGACAACAUUCGCGAGCAAUUGGUGAAAUCAUUGUCAAAAACGUUAACUAAGUUUUAUCCAUGGGCAGGAAGAUUCGUGCUAGACGGUUUCUAUGUUGAUUGCAAUGACGAAGGUGCCUUGUAUGUGGAAGCCGAAGUUAAUAUUCCGCUGAACGAAUUUAUCGGACAGGCAAAAAAAAAUAUACAGCUCAUAAAUGAUCUUGUUCCGAAAAGUAACUUUGUCAAUAUUCAUGCAUAUGAUAAUCCCAUUUUGGGGAUCCAAGUGAGUUUUUUCGAGUGUGGUGGACUUGCUAUAUGCAUGUAUCUUUCGCAUAUUGUGGCUGAUGGAUUUUCAGCAGCAGCGUUUACGAAAGAAUGGUCUAGUACAUCAAGUGGCCUAAUCAAUGGUGAUCAGGAUGCUUCUUCCUCUCCGAUGAGCUUCAAUUUGGCGUUACUCGUCCCAACUAGAGAUCUAUCCACGGUGGUCAAGCCAGCUGUGCUACCAAUGUCGAAGCAAAAGGAACUGAAGAUUGUGACGAGGAGGUUUCUAUUUGAUGAAACCGCUAUAUCGACCUUCAAAGACCAUGUCAUUAAAUCCGAAAGUAUUAAUCAGCCUACACGCGUACAAGCCGUGACGUCUGUGCUAUGGAAGGCCCUGAUCAGGCAGUCUAAGCUUCCGAAUUCGACACUUUAUUUUCACCUCAACUUUCGAGGGAAAGCAAGCAUUGCAAUGCCUCCAUUGGAUAAUCCUUUCGCGGUUUGCGGAAACUAUUACACUCAGGUUCCUACGAGGUUCAAGGGGACGAAUGAGACGAAACACGAGCUCGAACUGCAUGAGUUGGUGAAGUUGUUACGAGGCAAACUGCGUAACACUCUUAAAAAUUGCUCGGAAAUCUCGACUGCCGAUGGAUUGUUCCUGGAAGCAGCUAAGAAUUUCAACAUCAUUCAAGAAGACAUGGAGAGCGAUGAAACGGAUGUUCGGAUUUUCACAACGUUGUGUCGGAUGCCUUUGUAUGAAACCGAAUUCGGGUGGGGAAAACCCGAAUGGGUGACUAUCCCGGAGAUGCAUUUGGAGAUCGUAUUUCUUUUGGACACUAAGUGCGGGACAGGUAUUGAAGCACUAGUUAGCAUGGAUGAAGCUGAUAUGGUUCAGUUCGAACUUGAUCCCACCAUCUCUGCAUUCGCGUCCUAGGCGCAUUUGUUCUUCCAGAUGACAUGAUUUGAGGGUUCAUUUCAAAUUCUCAAUUUUAUAUUAAUAAAUCCAACGUUUUAUGUGUAUCUAAACGUGUUACUUGAUCAAAUACAGGAUUUCAAAUGAAA